AUGGCUGAGGAGGUAGCUGAUAAGGGUUUGGAAACGGCAGAGAGUGGAGUGGAUAAGCUACGAGGUUCUGGGAAAGCUGUGGUGGGAAAGAGGGAGGAGAAAAGGCGAGAGAGGGAAGGGAGGCCGCAGCCUGUGGUGGAGGAGGAGAAAGGCAAAAUGAAAGGCGAGGGGCAGAGGACGCUGAGAAGGAGAGAGCAACCGAAACGAACCCAGCAGAGCAAGCAACCGCAGCAGCAGCAACAGCAGCAGCAACAGCAGCAGCAGAGGCGGCAGGGGAAGAAGCUGACGGGUAAAGCCAAGCAGGCAGCAGCGGCGAAAGCAAAGGCGGGGCGAGCAGCAGCAGCGAAGGCAAAGCGGGAGGCGGAGAGGCAGGAGGAGCACGACGCAGAGGUGGCACGGGCUGUGGGGUUCCCUCCGGAUGGCCUGAGGGAGGACGAGGAGGAGGCGGGUGUGGUGCGCAGUGGCACGGGGGGCAGUGGGGAGGAGGGCGUGUAUGUGCGCAUGAGAAACCGUAUCUUGGCGCUGUGGAGGCGGAAUGUGAACGGGUGGAUACAGGAGGACAAGCUACUAAGUAGCACACCGGCACACGAGCGAGAGCCCACAAGAGCAGCCUUCACCUUUCUGCACCUGCGUGGCUUCAUCAACUGGGGCCUCUCGCGCACGGCCACGGCCGCCAUCCCUCGCCGCCCCUCCCUGCCCCACGUCAUUGUCCUUGGCGCUGGACUUGCAGGCCUGGCUGCAGCGCGCCAACUACUAGCCCUGGGCCACCGGGUGACAGUGAUAGAGGCUCGCAACCGUCCCGGAGGGCGAAUGCACUCCAAGCUGCUCUCCUCGCCUCCAGGCCCCAACCAGGUGGCAGUAGCAGCAGAGCUAGGCGGUUCUAUUGUGACAGGCAUCCUCGGCAACCCUCUGGGUGUCUUGGCUCGUCAGCUCGCCAUCCCUCUGCACCGCAUUCGCGACGCCUGCCCGCUCUACCGCCCUGACGGGCUGCCCGUGAACGAAAAAGCCGACCGGGUGGCAGAGGCAAGGUUCAACGUGAUGCUGGAUCUAGCUUCUGAGAGAAGAGCUGAAAUGGAAGGCGUAGCAGAUCAGAUCUCCCUUGGGAACACCAUGGAGUUUGUCUGGCAGCAAGCGGUGCAGGUUGUAUCUGAGGAAGGUGGAGCGACCGCAGGAGCAACAACAGCAGUAGCAGCAGCAGCAGGAGCAACAGCAGCAGCAGCAGCAGCAGCAGCAGCAGGAGUAGCAACAGCAGCAGCCGCAGCUGCAGGAGCAGCGACAGGAUCAGCAGCAGCAGCACAACCAGCCAGAGUGCAAGAAACAGAAGAGGAACAACAGCUGGUGCAGUGGCACUACGCGAACCUCGAGUUUGCCAACGCCGCCCGAGUAGCGGACCUCUCUCUGGCCUUCUGGGACCAGGACGACCCCCACGAGCUGCUCGGCCACCACUGCUUCGUGGCGGGCGGCAACGGGCAGCUUGUAGAUGCCCUUGCGGACGGGCUGCCCGUGGUGUACAACUGUGCGGUGGAGAGGGUUGAUGGGGAGGAGGUGGAGUAUGAGGGGGAGCAUGUGCUCUGCACGCUGCCUCUGGGCGUGCUGCAGAGAGGGUCCGUGUCCUUCCACCCGCCUCUCCCUCUCAGGAAGACUCGCGCCAUCCACAGGCUGGGCUUUGGUCUUUUGAAUAAGGUAGCCAUGCUCUUCCCAUACGUCUUCUGGGACACCACAAUCGACACCUUCGGUCGCCUCACCUCACACCCCUCACAGCGCGGCGAGUUCUUCCUCUUCUACUCCUACGCUGCUGUCUCGGGCGGCGCGCUGCUCAUGGCGCUCGUUGCAGGGGAGGCCGCGGAGAAGUUUGAAGGGGAGAAGUCGGAUGCGCUCAUGUGGCGCGUGCUCACAGUGCUCAAGAGGGAGGAGUCGGAUGCGCUCAUGUGGCGCGUGCUCACAGUGCUCAAGAGUGAGUGGGCCCUGUUCCUCGAUACCUUUUGGUUUCUUUUUCUUAAGGUUGGCUUGAGUUGGCUUGAGUACUUUGAAGGGGAGGAGUCGGAUGCGCUCAUGUGGCGCGUGCUCACAGUGCUCAAGAUCGCGCUGCUCAUGGCUCUCGUUGCGGGGGAGGCGGCUGAGAAGUUUGAAGGAGAGAAGUCGGAUGCGCUCAUGUGGCGCGUGCUCACUGUGCUCAAGACCAUGCGAUGCCACCGCAAUGCAUGCAGGCAUAGACCCGUUACAAUGUGUGUGCAUGCGGUGGCGCAGCGACCCGUACGCACUUCUCACCCCACUCUCCCCCCCCUCCCUCCCCUCUCUCCCCUCCCCCCCCCCUCCCUCACGUCUCCCCACCCUGCAGAGAUUCACGAGCCCAAGGGCAUAGCAGUGCCGCAUCCUCUGCAGUGUGUGUGCACGCGGUGGCGCAGCGACCCGUAUGCGGGGGGCUCAUACUCGUAUGUGCGCGUGGCGGCAUCGGGGGAUGACUAUGACACACUGGCUGAGAGUGUGGACGGGCGGCUGUUUUUCGCUGGAGAGGUGCGCCCUCACACUCGUACCCGAAUGCCACGAGUCGCCACUACCCCGCCACCAUGCAUGGUGCCUGUUUCAGCGGCCUCAGAGAAGCAGCCAAGAUCAACCAAGCUGCCACAGCUGCCGAAGCAGUCCGGGCAGCCGAAGCAGCUCGGGCAGCGGAAGCAUCUCGAGCAGCACAAAGUGCAGCUGCUGCCAGCAGUGCCGGCAUCACCACCACAGGGCAAAGCACACCCACGACCACACCUGCUACAGGGUUGUCAACAUGUAUAG